UCAUGGCCGACGAGUUCAAGGGUGGCAAGGCCGCAAAGUCGGGCUUGAAGGAGGUAUUCAGCAAACUUGACUAUGCUGUCAAGUACUCCUCAAACUGGAUCUUCGAGUGGACACCCUUCAUCCUCACAAUUUGCUACUGGGUAGCAUCCAUCACUUUCUACGUUUCUUGCGAUGAAGGGACCAUCAAAGGAUUCUACUACUUCUUCAUGGUCAUCAACUUCUACAUCGCCGCCUGUACAGUCAUUGAGGCUUUCUUGGGAAUUUCACCACUCCGCGAUGCGAGAGCAGCUGCUAUCAGAGUCAACGCUUGCGGAGAGUUCCCCACUCCUGAUGACCUUCUUCCAAUUCUCGACAUUGUCAUUGUCGCAUACCUGCCCAACGAGCAGGAUAUCGUCAAGGAUCAAGUCAACUACGCCCUCGAGGAGAUCGUCUACCCUCGUGACAAGCUGCGCAUCAACCUGCUCUACAACACUCCUAAGCCAAUCGAGCCUCUGGAGACUGAGCUACUUGAGAUGGAGAAGCAGCACGGUGGUUUGCUUCGUGUCACCAAAGUUGUAGGCUCCAAGUCCAAGGCCGACAACCUCAACUUCUUCUUCACCCUCGACACUGGCGCUGAGAUUAUUGCUGUCUUUGAUUGCGAUCAUUUCCCCCACCCUUACAAUGCUCGAUGGGCUGCCGAACGUUUCAUUGCCGAUCCCACUGUCGACAUUGUUCAAGGCAGAUGUAUUGUCUACAACUCCAAGGAAACCUUCUUCACUCGCAUGAUUGCUCUCGAAUUCGACAAGAUCUACGCUGUAUCGCAUCCUGGUCGUUCGCGUCUCUUCUCCUUCGGUCUGUUCUGUGGAAGUAACGGUUACUGGAAGGCUGAACUGCUACGUGGUCACCAAAUGCACGGUCACAUGCUUUGCGAGGAUAUCGACUCCGCCCUGAGAGCUUACGGUGAAGGCAAGAGAGCUGUCCACGACAUGAACGUCAAGUCCUACGAGAUGGCACCGACGUUCUGGAUGGCUUUCUGGAAGCAAAGAAUGCGCUGGACUCAGGGAUGGACUCAAGCCUCUAUUCGCCAUGCUCACAUGAUUUGGGACAACCCUCCCAAUGGUACUCGCUGUUUGAGCGAGCGUUACGGUCUUCUUUCUCUCAUUAUUGUCCGUGAAUUGAGUUACUACCUCGUUACUCAACACACUUGCCUUUUGUUCAGUUUCCUCAUCACUGGCUGGCCCCACAACUCAGGUGAACUGGCCAGAUUGAUCUUCUUCCGCUACGCCUUGUCCGAGUGGUUCCUCUUCCUCACUGUCGGAAGUUUGAUUGUGACGCUAUGGAUCACGGAGAUCGUCCGAUCCGAGUUUACCUCAUUCUACGACAUGAUCCUCUUCUCCGCCAUCUACGUGCCCUAUCUGAUCCUCCAGGGUACAAUGGGUAAGUUCCACUACAAACUCAAGACAUUGACAAAAGCACUUGCUGAUCACGCAUACANNGGUAUCUAUGGACACUUCCGUGAGAUCAUCGGAUACUCAUCUUGGAACCCUACUUCAAGAAAG